AUGAAGAGAACCAAGGAAAGGUUGAAAGGAGAAAUAUUCCGCGCUUUAGAAUCUAAGAUAAUAGACCUAUUGAGAGAUGAAUCUCAACGAAAUGAUGGCGGAGCUGGAGACAACAAAGAACCUCAUGAGAAAUACUUUGUCGAACCAGAAGAAGUUGAUCCAGAAACUAAUUCGAAUUCGAACGAAAACGAGCACUAUCUAAACGGAUACGGCGAAGUAUUCCAACCUUCGUCGGGAACAACCUCGGACGAAGAGCACGUUUUAGUGGAUGGAGCCGCGUUCGGUUACGGGCAGGAAUUCUCGUACUCACCAUCGAGUGAUGGCUCUGGCGGUGCAGUGAUCUCCUACAACGCGCCGCAAAAGCCCUCGCAAAUCUCAUGCUGGACGUGCGAUGCUAGUAACUGGAACGAAUGCGCUCAAGUCGGCUUCUUGGAAGCGUGCGAUGCACAGAUAACUGCUUGUUCAAUAACAUCAAGAAUGCGCAACGGAGAAGUAAGAUCAAUCUCAGCCGGUUGUAAAGCCCGAGAUGCAUGCGAGUCUGAUAAACUCAACAACUUUGCAAUUUUCGAAGAAGAUGCUCCUCACACGAGCGGCCACCAAUGUCGACCUGACUCUGAUCUGGGCCCGUCUGUUUGUCGACAGUGCUGUUACAGUAACAACUGCAACUUCAUGCUCGACUUUGUCGACGAGCUUGGCUGGAGUCAAGUUUUAUUUUAA